AUGAGGCAAAUAGUGAGAUACCUGGAACCGUCAGUACCUCCUCAACUGGCCGGACAACACGGAACACCGUCAGAAAUAAACACUACUUCCAAGCCCGGACGCCGCUCACCUUUUCGUAUAACGAGAUUUCUGACCGGUGCACCGUCACCCGCUACCUCGAUACCGUUGCCUAGAGAUCAGUCGAAGGAUUGGAAGACUGAGAAUGCAAGAGACCAAACCGACCAGCCCUGGUCUAGGCAACAACGCUCCCCCGGACAGGCUGCGGGCAGGCACCACCCAUUAAACUCUAGCUCCAACGAUGGACCCCACGCAGAUUCACAGGAAUCGUGGAAAGGUCCCAGGUCGUCUCGAUCUUUCAAAAUACGGCGGCCAGAAUUCGUCUUCGGCGCGCCUCCGGUGAAUGAUUAUAGACCAGCCACUAGCAAGUUGACCCCCUUUAUGAAUCCCAAAGGGCCAUGGGGCCCAUCCCAAUUUCAAAGCCCCCCAAAGCAGCAGCCAGGUCAUAGCUGGGGCUUUCAAAAGGAGACCUUUGGCGCCGAUGAUACAUGGGGAUUGUCUGGAUUUAGGUCUCUCCCUCAGCAGCCAGGUCAUAGCUGGGGCUCUCAAAAGGAAACCUUUGGCGCCGAUGAUACAUGGGGAUUGUCUGGAUUUAGGUCGCUCCCUCAGCAGCCAGACAGGUCUCUCUCUCAGCAGCCAGACAAGUCUCCCCCUCAGCAGCCAGGCGUAGUACAGCCGGCUGGGAGGCGUUCUGUCGUAUCUAAACCCAUAUGGGACGACAUGGGUCUAGAUAUUCCUACCAACAAGAGUUCAUCGACCCCUCAGUCCUUUUCCCAGCGCAAUCGUGGGAAAAAUGAGGAAACAAAGGAUCCAAUGCAGUACCAAGAUGAGGACGAUGAUGCCUUAUUUAAACCCCGAAAACGGAAGGGUAGACGUGCGGCUUUGGAGGAUGACUUCGCCGAAUUCAAAAGCAAGCCAAACCGGCGAAACGCGAAAUAUGAGGAUGAUUUAGAGCUAGACGAAGAAUAUGGCACUAAUCGACGUAAGCGGAAGCAAGAGAAAAAGAGAGGCGCACAGCGUGUUCAGGAAAAUGAUGCCUUAACCCCUAUUGUGCUUCCGGAUUUCAUUGCCAUUGGGAGCCUGGCAGACGCCAUGAAUGUCCGCCGUCCCAAGUUUCUCCAACGUCUACGGCAGCUUGGAUUUGAUGACGUGACGGAUGACCAUGUCCUCGAUUCUGAAACUGCCGGGUUGAUUGCUACUGAGUUUAAUUUCGAACCUGUUAUCGAAUCUAACGAUAUAGAUCUGGUUGCAGCCCCGGCUCCUGAGGACACAUCUAGCCUACCUCCAAGGCCGCCAGUUGUUACUAUAAUGGGCCACGUCGACCAUGGAAAGACCACUCUUUUGGAUUACCUUCGAGAAACGUCUAUCGUGGCAACUGAACAUGGAGGAAUCACUCAACAUAUUGGCGCAUUUUCUGUCUCUAUGCCUUCUGGGAAACAAAUCACGUUCUUAGACACUCCUGGCCAUGCCGCUUUCCUUGAAAUGCGAAAACGAGGAGCUGAUGUCACUGAUAUUGUUAUUUUGGUUGUUGCAGCUGAUGACAGCGUCAAGCCUCAAACAAUUGAAGCUAUAAAACAUGCAAAGGGCGCAGGUGUCCCCAUCAUCGUUGCAAUCAACAAGAUUGAUAAAGAAGGCGCUGAUAUCGAAAGAGUCAAACAAGAUUUGGCCCGUCAUAACAUUAGCGUUGAGGAUUAUGGCGGCGACGUUCAAGCAAUUGGGGUUAGUGGGAAAACCGGACAAGGCAUGUUGAAAUUGGAAGAGGCGGUGAUUACACAGGCCGAGAUGUUAGACCUUCGAGCUGAGCAGGAAUGUAACUUUGAGGGCUGGAUUAUUGAAGCAGCAACCAAGAAGGGUGGCCGGGCCGCAACGGUACUCGUACGCCAAGGAACACUCCGACCAGGCGACGUUAUUGUCGCUGGGACUUCAUGGGCUAAGAUCCGAACUCUGCGCAAUGAAGCCGGUGUACAGGUUACAGAGGCUCUGCCAGGAACACCUGUGGAAGUUGAUGGUUGGAAAGAUCAGCCAGUAGCCGGAUCUGAAGCGUUACAAGCUCCGGAUGAGCAACGUGCAAAAGAUGUUGUUGAGCUAAGGCUUAACAAAGAAGAAAUACAGCGUUUAGGCGGUGAUAUCGAAGCAAUCAAUCAAUCCCGCCGGCAGGUGCGUGAACAACGGCAACUACAAGCAGCACAAGAAGAGAAUAGCGAUAUAGCAGAUAAAACCGCCGACAAGAGCGGCCCCGAACCUAUCCCAUUCAUCGUUAAGGCUGACGUUUCUGGUUCCGCGGAAGCGAUUGUCAACUCUGUCUCGGCUAUUGGAAAUAACGAAGUAUAUGCCAAAAUUCUCCGAUUUGGGGUUGGCAAAAUUGGAGAUUCAGAUAUCCGACUUGCCUCCGCUGCAAACGCGGACGUUAUAUCUUUCAACCAGCCUGUUGAUUUAGAUAUCAUGAAACUUGCCGUUGCCGAGGGAGUCAAUAUCUUGAACCAUAACAUUAUCUAUGAGCUGAUUGAUGACGUGAAAAUGAAAUUGAGCGAACAUUUACCCCCUACUGUCAUACAGCGCGUGUCUGGAGAAGCAGAGAUCGGUGAAAUAUUCGAAAUUAAACUCAAAGGCAAACGAACCACCCCGGUCGCCGGAUGCAAAGUCCGAAAUGGCGUCAUUCAUCGCCCUCACAAAGUGAGAGUGUUGAGAGGAAAGAAGGUCAUCUAUGAUGGCACUCUAUCUUCUCUAAAGAACGUGAAAAAGGACGUGACGGAGAUGCGAAAGGGUUCAGAGUGCGGUAUGGCAUUCGAGGGUUGGACUGACUUCGCCGUUGGCGAUGAGAUCCAAACAUACGAAGUGAUUCAUGAGAAACGUAUUCUUGAAUAA